CAGCUUGUUGUCUAAGAGGUGGGGCUCCAAAGGGAAAGCCAGGGGGACGUGGAUAUAAAGGUCAGAAUGGCUAGGCAAGACACUGUGAGCAUUGGAACCUGAAGUCACUGUCUUACCCCUGCUGGGACUGGAAGACCUGUAACCAGUGUCCAGAUCAGACAAGUCAUUCACCGCCGUCAGGACGCCCCAUCUCAUCCAGGCUAGCCAGUCUUAACAGGCUGGCCUCAAACUCAAGAGAUCCUCCUGCCUCUGCUGGGAUUAAAGGAGUGCUGCCCCACCGCCCUGCCUCAAAGGGAUUUUAGACAGAGGAUCUGAUCUUGGGAAGGCUUGUCAAAAAUGUCAAAAGCCUGGUUCACCGCCUCUCCCACCAGCACCAAGAGCUGCAGCCGCUCCGGCGAGGACCCCAAGGCGGCAGCAGCUUGUGCCGCCUCGGUCGCGGGUCGGGCGCCCCUGGUAUUGGCUUCUGCCGUGCUGCCCACCAACACUGCCUCGGAGAGCAAAGCCAGCCCUGCGGGGACUGCAGGGGGACCCGGGGCUGGAGCCGCCGCCACCGGCCCCAUGGCGGCGGGAGCCAGGGAGCCUGCGGAGAGGCGGCGUGGGCAGGCCUCGGUGGCAGCGGGCGGCAGGGCUCACCCUGAAGCGGCAAUGUCUAAGGGGGUUUAUGCCCUGCCGAGCAAGGACUACCGAGAAGUGAAGCCAGUCGUCUCCAGCACGCCUCUGGUGGACUUUCUGAUGCAGCUGGAGGAUUACACUCCGACGAUCCCGGAUGCAGUGACUGGUUAUUACCUGAACCGUGCUGGCUUUGAAGCUUCAGACCCACGCAUAAUCCGGCUCAUCUCACUCGCUGCCCAGAAGUUCAUCUCAGAUAUUGCCAACGAUGCUCUACAGCACUACAAAAUGAAGUCCACCGCCUCUGGCAGCUCCCCGAGCAAGAGGAAGGACCGCAAGUACACCCUUACCGUGGAGGACUUGACCCCUGUCCUCAGAGAACAUGGUAUCCACGUGAAGAAGCCGCACUACUUCAUGUGAGCCACCUAACCCAGACCUAUUUGUCUUUGUCUUUUCCUCU